UCGCCGGUUAAACAGCCGCCAGCGGCCAAACAAACGCCCAUAAAUAAAACGGCCAGAAAGUCGACGCAAAAUACGGUCGCAGCGGUGGUGAACAAGAAGUCGACCGCAACUAAUAGCACCGCCGCCGCAACGGCUGCGCCCACUCGUCGAUUGACCAGACAUUCGGCCAAUAAUAGCGGCGCUGUGGCCGUGGCGUCGCCACCGGCCAAGUCGUCAACAGCGGUGGUGUCGCCAAAGAAGCCCACAAAGAAGUCGCCAAAGACUACGGCCAAUGGCCGCUCGCAAGCGGCGAUUGCGGCGGCCGUAGCGGCGACCAACGCGGCCGAAGCCGCCGCUCUGUUAAAACAGUCGGCCGCCGGUAAGAGUAAGGCUCAACAGCCGGCGCCGCAGCCGGUGGUGGCCCACAAGCGGUCGCCAUCUUCGCCGGUGCCGCCGUCGAUGUUCACCGCCUCCGCCACUACUGGCGGUCCCAGCGGUGGUGUAGCCAACGCCAGCCUCGUUCGGGCCACGAAGAGUCAGCCAAAGCCGCCCGCAGUUAAGGCCGACGCUCGGACCACCGCCGCGGCUGUCGUCGCCCCUCAGAAGACAAGCGCAAAAGCGAUUAGUAAUUCUGCGGUCAAACCGGCGGCUAAAGCACCGCAACCGCAAAGAGGAGCUAAACGUAAACUGCCGGCCACUGGCGUUGAGCUCAAACCCGAUCGGCCGCAAGCAGAGCGGCCACAGACCAAACGCCAACGGAACAGCUCGGCCUCCAGUUCCCCACCGGCGGCGACGGCGGCCACAGCUAUAGAGAAUGGCCAACAGAGGGCCAGCAAACGGGUGCGACUACAGUACCAGCCGUUUCAGUCGCCGGAA